GCUUCUUCUGCAGCCACCUCGGUAGCUCGCUGGACAACAAAGUCUGAACAUUGAAGUUAUUUAGACAAUUUCGUGUUUUAUUUGCCAUUAUGAUUUAAUCAUACUUAUGUGGAAACAACUAGCUACCCAAUCUAAUUUAAAAUUUACGUUUUAAGUCAACUUGCUGGCUGGUUAAGUUGGCACUAGUCUAGUCGCUAAUGCUAAGUAGCUAACAUCUCCGACCAUGAGCUCACUAAGCUACUCUACUCCUGAUAAAGAAGAGGAGGUCUGCUGGACGGACAAAGAAGCUCUCGUGAAAGAGGAGGAAGAGGAGGAUGUUACAAUACAAAAACAAGUAGAGGGUGAGGCUGUUAGGGUGAAAGAAGAAGAGAACGACGUUUCAGUUAAAGAAGAGGAAGAUGCGAUCAGAGUGAAAGAGGAGGAGGGUGUUACUGUGAAAGAAAAUGAGGAAGAUGCCGUUUUUGGAGUGGAGGAUGAAGUGAAAAAAGAUGAAGACGUUUUUGGAAUGAAGGAUGAAGAAGGGGAGAUUACUGUCACAUUAGAGGAGGACGAAGAAGAGAAGACUGGAGAACUGAUUAACACCAGCAAAUACAGAGAGAGACGGGACUAUCGUGGAUCCUCUGGGGAGCCUCAACAACAUCAUGAUGCUGACGAGGCAGAAAAAAGUCUCUCCAGAUCAGAACACCUCAAACACCUGCAGAGACCCACAGGGAAGAAAUCUCAUUGCUGCUCUGACUGUGGGAAACAUUGCACAUAUUCAUCAAAGCUUAAAAUACACCAGCGAGUGCACACAGGAGAGAAGCAUUAUAGCUGUAAUAAAUGUGGGAAGAGUUUUACUCAGUUAAGCAACCUGCUAUCACACCAGAGAACACACACAGGAGAGAAAGCUUAUAGCUGUGAUCAGUGUUGCAAGAGUUUUGCUCAGUCAAGUAGCCUGGUAUCACACCAGAGAAUACACACAGGAGAGCAGCCUUAUAGCCGUGAUCAGGGUGGCAAGGGUUUUACUAAUUCAAGAAAGCUGGUAUCACACCAGAGAAUACACACAGGAGUGAAGCCUUAUAGCUGUGAUCAGUGUGGGAAGAGUUUUACUCGGUCAACCAACCUGGUAUCACACCAGAGAACACACACAGGAGAGCAGCCUUAUAGCUGUGAUCAGUGUGGCAAGAGUUUUACUAAUUCAAGAAACCUGCUUUCACACCAGAGAACACACACAGGAGAGAAGCCAUAUAGCUGUGAUCAAUGUGGCAAGAGUUUUACUCAGUCAAGCAACCUGGUAUCACACCAGAGAACACACACCGGAGAGCAGCCAUAUAGCUGUGAGCAAUGUGGAAAAAACUUUUCUUGGAUAGGACACCUUAAAGGACACCAGAGAACACACACAGGAGAGAAACCUUAUAGCUGUAAUCAAUGUGGGAAGAGUUUUACUCAUUCAAGUUAUCUUAAAAAACACCAGAGAACACACACAGGAGAGAAGCGUUAUAGCUGUGAUCAGUGUGGCAAGAGUUUUACUCAUUCAUGCAACCUGGUAUCACACCAGAGAACACACACAGGAGAGCAGUCAUAUUGCUGUGAUCAAUGUGGUAAGAGUUUUGCUCAGUCAAGUAGCCUGGUAUCACACCAGAGAAUACACACAGGAGAGCAGCCAUAUAGCUGUGAUCAGUGUGGCAAGAGUUUUACUCAGUCAAACAACCUGGUAUCACACCAGAGAACACACACAGGAGAGAAGCCUUAUAGCUGUGAUCAGUGUGGAAAGAGUUUUACUCAUUCAAGUAAUCUGAAAACGCACCAGAGAACACACACAGGAGAGAAGCCUUAUAGCUGUCAUCAGUGUGGCAAGAGUUUUACUUCGUUAAGCAACCUGGUAUCACACCAGAGAACACACACAGGAGAGAAGCCUUUUUGCUGUGAUCAGUGUGGCAAGAGUUUUACUCAGUCAAGCAACCUGGUAUCACACCAGAGAACACACAAACCGGAGAGCAGACAUAAAAAUUAUCAGGGCAAAAGCCUUGAAGAGCACCAGAGAACACACACAGGAGAGAAGCCUUAUAGCUGUGAUCAAUGUGACAAGAUAUACUCUCAUUCAAGUGGUCUGAUUAAACAUCAGAAAAUACAUGCAGGAGAUCCACAGAGUGUGGAAUGAUCUCCAACACCAGACCUACAAGUCAGAGGUUUACAUACACCCAACCACUCCUCAAAUGUAUUUUUAAGAAACUAUAGUUUUGGCAAGACGGUUAGGACAUCUACUUCCAAAUCAAAUCUAAUUUUAUUUGUCACAUACACAUGGUUAGCAGAUGUUAAUGCGAGUGUAGCGAAAUGCUUGUGCUUCCAGUUCCGACAAUGCAGUAAUAACCAACAAGUAAUCUAACUAACAAUUCCAAAACUAAUUUCUUAUACACAGUGUAAGGGGAUAAAGAAUAUGUACGAGUGGUGGUGCAGAAUAUGAAUGAGUGGUGGUGCAGAGCAGCAUAGGCAAGAUACAGUAGAUGGUAUCGAGUACAGUAUAUACAUAUGAGAUGAGUAUGUAAACAAAGUGGCAUAGUUAAAGUGGCUAGUGAUGCAUGUAUUACAUAAGGAUGCAGUAGAUGAGAGUACAGUAUAUACGUAUACAUAUGAGAUGAAUAAUGUAGGGUAUGUAAACUUUAUAUUAGGUAGCAUUGUUUAAAGUGGCUAGUGAUAUAUUUUACAUCCUUUCCCAUCAAUUCCCAUUAUUAAAGUGGCUGGAGUUGAGUCAGUGUGUUGGCAGCAGCCACUCAAUGUUAGUGGUGGCUGUUUAACAGUCUGAUGGCCUUGAGAUAGAAGCUGUUUUUCAGUCUCUCGGUCCCAGCUUUGAUGCACCUGUACUGACCUCGCCUUCUGGAUGAUAGCGGGGUGAACAGGCAGUGGCUCGGGUGGGUGUUGUCCUUGAUGAUCUUUAUGGCCUUCCUGUAACAUCGGGUUACUUUGUGCAUGAUACAGGUAAUUUUUCCAACAAUUGUUAACAGAUGGAUUUUUUCACUUAUAAAUCACUGUAUCACAAUUCCAGUGGGUCAGAUGUUUACAUACACUAAGUUUACUGUGCCUUGAAACAGCUUGGAAAAUUCCAGAAAACGAUGUCAUGGCUUUAGAAGUUUCUGAUAGGCUAAUUGACAUCAUUUGAGUCAAUUGGAGGUAUACCUGUGGAUGUAUUUCAAGGCCUACCUUCAAACUCAGUGCCUCCUUGCUUGACAUCAUGGGAAAAUCAAAAGAAAUCAGCCAAGACCUCAGAAAAAAGAGUGUAGACCUCCACAAGUCUGGUUCAUCCUUGUGAGCAAUUUACAAACGCCUGAAUGUACCACGUUCAUCUGUACAAAGAAUAGUACCACGCAGCCGUCAUACCGUUCAGGAAGGUUCUGUCUCCUAGAGAUGAACGUACAUUGGUACGAAAAGUGGAAAUCAAUCCCAGAACAACAGCAAAGGAUCUUGUGAAGAUGAUGGAGGAAACAGGUACAAAGGUAUCUAUAUCCACAGUAAAACAAGUCCUUUAUCGACAUAACCUGAAAGGCCGCUCAGCAAGGAAGAAGCCACUGCUCCAAAACAGCCAUAAAAAAGCUAGACUACGGUUUACAACUGCACAUGGGGACAAAGAUCAUACUUUUUGGAGAAAUGUCCUCUGGUCUGAUGAAACUAAAAUAGAACUGUUUGGCCAUAAUGACCAUCAUUAUGUUUGAAGGAAAAUAGGGGAGGCUUGCAAGCCGAAGAACACCAUCCCAACCGUGAAGCACGGGGGUGGCAGCAUCAUGUUGUGGGGGUGCUUUGCUGCAGGAGCUACUGGUGCACUUCACAAAAUAGAUGGCUACAUGAGGAAGGAAAAUUAUGUGGAUAUAUUGAAGCAACAUCUCAAGAGAUCAGUCAGGAAGUUAAUGCUUGGUCAGAAAUGGGUCUUCCAAAAGGACAGUGACCCCAAGCAUACUUCCAAAGUUGUGGCAAAAUGGCUUAAGGAAAACAAAGUCAAGGUAUUGGAGUGGCCAUCACAAAGCCCUGAUCCUAUAGAAAAUUUGUGGGCAGAACUGAAAAGGUGUGUGCGGUCAAGGAGGCCUACAAACCUGACUCCAUUACAUCAGCUCUGUCAGGAGGAAUGGGCAAAAAUUCACCCAAUUUAUUGUGGGAAGCUUUUUGAAGGCUACCUGAAACGUUGGACCCAAGUUAAACAAUUUAAAGGCAAUGCUACCAAAUACUAAUUGAGUGUAUGUAAACUUCUGACCCACUGGGAAUCUGACGAAAGAAAUAAAAGCUGAAAUAAAUCAUACUCUACUAUUAUUCUGACAUGUCAAAUUCUUAAAAUAAAGCGGUGAUCUUAACUGACCUAAAACAGGGCAUUUUUACAUGGAUUAAAUGUCAGGAAUUGUGAAAAACUGAGUUUAAGUGUAUUUGGCUGAGGUGUAUGUAAACUUUCGACUUGUAUAUACGUCAUAUCACAUUUUAUUUGUCACAUACACAUGUUUAGCAGAUGUUAUUGUGGGUGUAGCAAAAUGCUUGUGUUUCUAGCUCCCAACAGUCCAGUAAUAUAAGAAUAUAUAAAUAUUUAGGCAAGCGAUGUCAAAGCGGCAUAGACUAAGUUACAGUAGAAUAGGAUAGAAUACAGUAUAUACAUAUGAGAUGAGUAAUGCAUAGACUAAGAUACAGUAGAAUAGUAUAGAAUACAGUAUAUACAUAUGAGAUGAGUAAUACAUAGACUAAUAUACAGUAGAAUAGGAUAUAAUACAGUAUAUACCAGAGGUGGGGCAAAGUCAUUGUUUUACAAGUCACAAGUAAGUCUCAAGUCUUAGCACUCAAGUCCCAAGUCAAGACAAGCUAUGGGGCGCAGUUGGGCGAUGUUGGCGUUUACACAAUCGCCCAACCUUAACACACACACACAACCCUCUCUGUGUGUGGUUACAGUAGGCCAACGUAUGUCAAUGGUUUUAGGAACAGCAGUAACAUCAGGUAGGAUUUAGGCUACCAACUGCCUGGCCAGUUGUUGCUCAAUCUUGGGUGCAAUGUUCACGUUCCCGCACUGACUGACUGUGUGGAGUCUCAUUGAUUUAAUGUUACAUUCGCCUACAUGCUAUACUAGCAAAACAAUUAAUUAUAUAGCUGUCGGCUAUAUUAGCCACGACUUACCGUUCUUUGUGCAGCUUCAAAUUUCGAACAAAGUUGGAAGUUGGUGCGCCUCCGUCUGUAAUUUUCUUCCCAGAUGUUUUGCAAGUUGCAAUCCGUUUUUUGUUAAUACAGUGUCGUCUUUAUAUCCGAAAAUCAUAAUUACUUAAUUAAAUCAAGCGUCCCAAUGGUAAAACGUUUGAUUUAAUAAAAUGUCCAUAAUAUCUACAUUAAUAGUGGUGUUUCACAAUAUUCCUAAACAUAAAAAUAUAUUCUCGAUCUUCUAUUGUGUUAUUGACUGAAUGUUUGUUCAUGUGUAACUCUGUGUUGUUUUUGUCACACUGCUUUGCUUAUCUUGGCCAGGUCGCAGUUGUAAAUGAGAACUUGUUCCUGAUGAAAUAAAGGUGAAAAAAUAAUAAUAAUAUAAUGUAGGAGCAUCUACAUGAUGUAUUGUUACACCAUAUAGGAGCAGUUUAGACCUAGUCUGUUCAUUAUGUACAUCUACAUGAUGUAUUGUUACACCAUGUAGCAGCAGUAUAGAGGUCAGUGGGGGACAAAAUUGUUGACACCCUUGAUAAAGAUGAGAUAAACGACUCUAUAAAAUAAAGAAUUCAAAUACUGAGCUAUAUUGUAUGUAAAAAAUAAAGGGAAAUUAUAUUAUUUUAUACGAAUACAAUUACUCAGAGAAAGAGAUAUAUAGUUUAACAUGUAAUUUUCAAAAGGUUGCUACCAAUGUUUUCAAUAUUCCAGCACCCUCCCCUUGGGAGGAUAACAACACUGAAAUGUUUUAUGAGAUUCAAGAACACAUUGGGUGGGAUCUUAGACCGUUCCUCCAUACAGAAUCUCUCCAGGGCCUUGAUUUAUUUUGUCUGCGCUUGUGGACUGCCCUGUUCAAUUCAAACCACAGGUUUUCAAUGGAGUUCAAGUCCGAAGACUGAGAUGGCCGUUGAAAAUGUUGAUUUUGUGCCCAAUUAACCGUUUCUUCAUGGGUGAUGAUGUGUCUUGCUGGAAGAUCCACUUAUGGCCAAGUUUCAGCCUCCUAGCAGAGAGGUAAACCAGGUUUUGGGCUAAAAUAUCCUGGUAGUGGGUAAAGUUUAUUUAUUUUAUACAUACAUUUUUGCUCAUCUUUAUCAAGGGUAUCAAUAAGUAGGUGCUUAUUUUGAUAUCUAGUUAUUUGACUGAAUCAGAAAUACAGAUGUGGAGUAGAUGUAGAGUUUGUUUUGAAUUCUCAUAAA